ACAGUUUAGGUCGCGCCUUGCUGCGCUCUGCAGAGGAGAUCCGAUUCCCAGGUUUCUGCACCCUCUAGAGUCCCACGGCCGAUCGUCACCUCUCCGAGACCUGGGCCAUCCCGCGGUCCCAAGCAGGGAAGGGAGGGAGAACUCAGCGCGGGUUCUGGGGACCCCGCGUUUUGCUCUGUAGGCUUACACACAGUUUUGAGUUCCCGGCUGGUCCCCACCCUACUUUCGUGCUGGUUUGCUCUAGUGAACUGGAGUCCCCAGUCCCGCUCUUCCUGCUCUUGGGAACUUUGAGCUGCGUUUUGGGUCUUUGUCUCCCUUCGGGGAAGCUGGACUGUGCUUUUGGCAGCCCAGGUCCCUGAGAAGGACCGCACGCUGGGAACCAUGGAGUUCACCGCGUCGCCCAAGCCUCAGCUCUCCUCUCGAGCCAAUGCCUUCUCCAUCGCCGCGCUAAUGUCCAGCGGCGGCCCCAAGGAGAAGGAGGCAGCAGAGAACACCAUCAAACCCCUGGAACAAUUUGUGGAGAAAUCGUCCUGUGCCCAGCCGCUGGGUGAGCUAACUAGCCUGGAUGCUCACGCGGAGUUUGGCGGCGGCGGGGGCAGCAGCCCUUCCUCAUCCUCUCUGUGCACAGAGCCACUGAUCCCCACCACCCCCAUCAUCCCCAGCGAAGAGAUGGCUAAAAUCGCCUGCAGCCUGGAAACGAAGGAGCUCUGGGACAAAUUCCAUGAACUGGGCACGGAGAUGAUUAUCACCAAGUCUGGCAGGAGGAUGUUCCCCACCAUCCGCGUGUCAUUUUCUGGAGUGGAUCCUGAGGCCAAGUACAUAGUCCUGAUGGACAUCGUCCCGGUGGACAACAAGAGAUAUCGCUAUGCCUAUCACCGGUCCUCCUGGCUGGUGGCUGGCAAGGCUGAUCCUCCCCUGCCAGCCAGGCUCUACGUGCAUCCAGACUCCCCCUUUACUGGCGAGCAGCUCCUCAAACAGAUGGUGUCCUUUGAAAAGGUGAAGCUCACCAACAAUGAACUGGACCAACAUGGCCAUAUAAUUUUGAAUUCAAUGCAUAAGUACCAGCCGAGGGUGCACAUCAUAAAGAAGAAAGACCACACGGCCUCCUUGCUCAAUCUGAAGUCGGAAGAAUUCAGGACGUUCAUCUUUCCAGAGACAGUCUUCACAGCAGUCACAGCCUACCAGAACCAACUGAUAACCAAGCUGAAAAUAGACAGCAAUCCGUUUGCCAAAGGAUUCCGGGACUCCUCCAGGCUCACUGACAUCGAGAGGGAGAGUGUGGAGAGCCUGAUCCAGAAGCAUUCCUAUGCCCGGUCACCCAUCCGCACCUAUGGAGAGGAGGAUGUCCUGGGGGAGGAGAGUCAGACAACUCCGAACCGAGGGUCAGCCUUUACAACAUCUGACAAUUUGUCUCUCAGUUCCUGGGUAUCAUCGUCUUCCAGUUUUCCUGGAUUUCAGCAUCCACAGCCCCUGACUGCUCUUGGCACCAGUACGGCAUCCAUAGCAACACCAAUUCCUCACCCUAUCCAGGGUUCUCUGCCACCCUACAGCCGCCUGGGAAUGCCUCUGACGCCAUCUGCAAUUGCCAGCUCCAUGCAGGGAAGUGGCCCCACGUUCCCUUCAUUCCACAUGCCUAGAUACCACCACUACUUCCAACAGGGGCCCUAUGCUGCCAUCCAGGGACUUCGCCACUCUUCUGCAGUGAUGACACCAUUUGUAUGAUUCUUCUGAGAGUGGGGGAAGCUAGAUACAGAGUGUGCAAACGGCUAUGAAAAUACAGGAGAGGGAUGGGUGGGUGGGAAGUGGGGUAUUGGAGCAGGGACUCUCCAGAAAAACACAGGACUUAUAAAAGAGGAGAGCUGGACUCACAAAAUAAAACUACCGGUAAGGGAGUGCACCGUGGGCCAGGAUUCACUUGUGGUUGGAUCCAGGAGAGAAUCAGUGUGAAGUUUAGCCAACAAACUCCUACAACUAAUAGGAUAUCAGUUUGCCCAGAAAGCUUAAUAAUCCCACUGGUUAAAAGUUCUGUUGAUGCAGUCCUGUAUAAAAUCCACGUGUAGAGGUUUCUUUCUGCUUUCAACAAGUUCAAAGCAUCGUCCAGAAGGCAAUACCAUGUAACGCAUUGACACGAAAGUCCAUUUCUCCCAGGAGAAAAUGGAAGCCAGUAGCUAUGUUUGUAGUGCUAUAGUUUAGGCAUGUUUAGUUUCCUUUGUGUCAUUUACUACAGAAGGGGAAAAGUUGGUGCUAGUACAUCCUGUGGCGUGAACGAAUACGUGGGAACGCCUUUACCAAAUCCCUGCCACAUCCACGGGCCAUGACUCCAUAAACUCUGUCUUCAGUUCCUCCUUUUUCCUAAUAAUUCUUUUUCUCACACCAACCCUGCAGUUAUGUAGUGAAAACCCUCCAUCUGCCAUUUUAAAGCAAGAGGCUCUGUCAUCAUCAAAGAGGUUGGCUUUCAAGGGCUGCAUUAGUAAAUAGGGAUAGCCACUGGGGACCUGUCCAGAGCCCAUGUGAUGGCUGAGACUCUCUCUCACACGAUCAAAAUCUGGUGUCUCUCUUCUGUGGGGAAUUUCUCUGCCAUGGGAACCAAAGUCCUCUUUGUUUUCACCCCAGCGUCAGGAGGCCUUUUGCAUAUUAAAACACACUGGGCCAAUUCUGAUUUUUUUUUAUAUAAAUCUGCUUUACUGUUGCUUCCACUAUUGUCUGGGAUUUGCCAGUGGCCAUUCUCCAUGUGCAUGGCUCACCACGCUCUCGUGUGUGCUGAUGGGUAUGAAUAUGCCCUGUAGCUGAUUCCUCCUGUCUGACUGUAUUACAUUUACAGACUUCUUUCCAUCUUCCCCGGUCCCUAAUAAGAAGCUGCAUGUUUACUCAAUGACUCCCUGACAGAAACACUAACAAGCAGGAGCUUCUUCCGGUUUUCGCUAUUUUCUUAAGCUUUCCUUCUAUGCGUAAGCCAGAGCUUAUGUUUUCCUUCUAUAUAGCCACCGCAUUAUUUUCGAGCAACAUGUAUCUUAGCAUUUACAGUCAGGGUAGUGCAUCUGGUUUGGCAGUAGUACAUUUCCCUAAUAGAUUAGAUUUAUUAAGUCAUUAGGCUUUCAGCUUUGAAGACAGUGUAUUCCACCUGUAGGAUGUGACCAGCUUGCUUCAUGUAGGUCCUCUGAACUUUGUUUUAUAUGUAGCUUUUACUCCUCUCUGCUCUUACUUCAAAAGUAUUGAGUGUGUCCAAUCAGAGAUAUGGGAAAUAGCUCUCCUGACAGUAGAAGUGUAUUUAGGCAUAAAUGCAAUAUAUUUGCCACACCACUCUGAAGUUUGAUUUGGUACCUUUAAUGUUACGCUUCCCAGACCACGUCUAGUCUAUGAAACGAGGCACCAUACGCAGCCUGAGUGUGGGAUGCUGAUUUUAGAUUUUGCACUUGAUAUUCUCCACCGAAAGUCCAUAGUUUACUUACAAAGAAGCAUGAACUGUUAACAGAACUAUUUUAAACUCUUAUGUCAGACACCCAGCUUUUUGUGUGUCUUGUAGUAGUCUCCACAAGUCAUUGGUUUCCAGACAGAUGUGCAUUUCUCUUAAAAACCCAUUGCAAGUGAUGUUUAAAAUAAAUGCCCAUGGAGCUAGGGUAGGGUAUUGAUAUUUAAUAAUUGGUCUCUCACAAAAGAACCUUGGAAUAAAGUGUUGCCAUUUAAAGCAGAAAAACCCAAGGCAGGAUUGUACAGAGUGCCCCUCAUGUCUCCCCUGGUUUAUGUUGAGAUUCUAAACACAUGCCUGUGUUUUCUUUUCAGUGAGGAUGAAAAGAUUGUUUUAAUAUUGCUUUUAGAGUUUCUCAAACCGGUGUGCCUCACAGUAGCUUUUUUUUUAAUUGCUGUUCAUCUGAUCUUUUGCUGGCAUCUCCUGACCUUUUAAUUUUGCUUGUAAUUAGGCAGCAUGAGGACGAGACUCACUGAAAUGCAUGAUAGACAGCAAGGCGGGCUCUUGAACACGUUCCCCCUAAAAGGCUUCGCUGGGUGUUUGUUUCCCCUGUUGGUAUUACGUAAACCAGACAGAAACCUCCCAAGAGAAACAGCAACAUGUGAGUGCCUGGCACUUGAGCCUGGGGCCACCUGUGCCUUUCUGAUUUAUCCUGUCAACUUUUAUUAAGCCUUGGGGAGUUUAUCACUUAAAAUCCCCAAGUUUGUUCCACCGAAAUUGAUGGUAAUAAUUAGAUAUUAAUUGAUAAAUCCAAUCGAAUAAUAAUGACGAAGAUUUAUAAUACAUUUGAAACAGUUCAGAGCUCCCUCCUUAUGGAUAUUAUGUUGUGAGAAAGAAUGGUCGAAUGGAGUUAUUGAAGAGGCCUGGCCAGGCUUGCUUUACUGAGCUCUAAGGGAUGUGCUCAUAACUUCACGCUCUGGUUUUAAAAGAUCCCUCGAUAAUUCCAGGUUGAGGUGUGAACCAUCCCACCCUGUUCCUGUCCUUAGCGGUUCUUGUAGAAGUACUUCCAGUUGUGUGUGACAGAUCAACAGUUGUCAGGUAGCAUUGUCUAACGCAGUGACUUUCUGCUCCAUCGAUGGCACCGCCAGCUUGUAACACUGGCGUCCUACCUAGAAAGUUAUGAGCAUUUAUGUGGGGGCUACAAGAAGGCUCUCCAUACAGGUUCGUCAUUUAGCAGAGCUGCACCGACUUUGGGGCAUUCUAAGUGCUUACCUCCCCAGCCACUGGGGAUAACUGUCUGCCUCUUUGCUUCUCCAGAUACAACAGCAUUGUCUCCCCACCCCCCAACCGGAAAAAUAAAACAAAGCAAAAGGAAAAUGAAUCCUUUCCAAACUCAAGAAAUGUUCUUAGUAGUGAAACCUCUUGUCUCACACUGCCUAUGAGCACUUCGGGGAGAUGUUAGGAUAUUUAUCCUAUUUCUUGACUUGAGAUGAACUUUUCAAGCUACAUUGCCUAUGUAAGGGGCAAUUAGGUUGAGAAAAAUAACUAAAUAUAUGUUAACAAAUAAAGUGGAUGGCGGACUUCUCACCCCACUAGCUAGGUGGGUGAGCUUAGUGGUCACUAAUGAGCCGGCUAAGAUAAUGUGUUUAAAUUCAUGUUCUUAUUCUGCAUUUUACCGAGUAAGAAAAGCUACGUCCAUUAUUAACUGGGCAGGGAGCUGAUAGUUAUUGCAAACAGAACAAUACUCACUCUGACAAAGCAGCCGACAAAAGAUAGAAUAUUUGAUUUGUUCCUCCAUAGAGUUACUGAGGGAAGGAUGGGUUUUAUAUACAUUUUCAUAUCAUUUUAGAAUGACAGACAUUGCCAUAAACACCAAAGUUAAGGUUACACACUUUUAACAUUUUAAGGAAGUGUACAAGCCCCUUUAACAAAGCUUACUAUUCUGUAGCUGUUAUAAAACACCAAACACCUUUCCUCUGCAAGCUUAAUCGUACAAAGGCACAUUUAUAAGUAUUCGAUGUGUUAAUAAUCCACAAGUAUUUACUAGCUUUCUUUAACUGCCUCUCUCUCUCUCUCCCUAAUAUAAUUUCAAUCUCUUAACCCUUUAAGAAAGCGUCCUGCAAGGAAAAUAGUGUGGUGUGUGUGUGUGUGUGUGUGUGUGUGUGUGAGUGUGUGUGUAUGUGUGUGUGUAUGUGUGAGUGUGUGUGUGAGUGUGUGUAUGUGUGUGUGUAUGUGUGAGUGUGUGUGUAUGUGUGUGUGAGUAUAUGUGUAUGUGUAUGUGUGUGUGAGUAUAUGUGUAUGUGUAUGGGUGUGUGAGUGUGUGUGUGAGUGUGUGUGUGUGUGUAAAAUACUGAAUCUGGACAAAAGAUACAAUUUGUUGUAUUUUACUUUACUCUGGCGCAAAGACAUUGUAUUUAGUUGCUUUAAAACUUUUUUCCUCAAAAAUCUGAAAAGGUUCUUUUAGUUGCUAACGUAUGAGAUUGUGUAACACCUGCUCAGUAGGCCCUGUCACAGUUUCCCUGUUUGCUGUGUCUUCAUUUGAUUAACAAUUUGCGUGGAAAAGUCACUGUAAUGCAGUGUGCGGGGUGGGGGAAGGGCGUGGGAAAUGUUUUAUGGGAAAAAAUUAUAAGCCUAAUGCUAUGAAGUAACAUUUACUGAAGUUCUGUUUAAGUGCAAUAUAUUUAUUUCUGCCAGAAAUGUAUUAUCGACCCUAUGUAAUAUUUGAUGCACCACAUCUUAUUUGUAAACAGCUAAAAUUAUAUAUUAUCCCAAAUUGUACAGAA